CUCGCAGUGAGAUGAGUGACACACAAAAAUAAACUAACCAACAAAAAAAAAAAAAAAAUUCGAUGGCGGGGAUACUCGCGAACACUAUCCUCCUUCCUCAGCCUCCGAUUCACCUUCCCGUUUCUUCAUCUCGAAGCAGAUCAACCCGAAGAACCCUAAUCAUGGUCAAAGCUUCCUCCGAACCUUCUGAUUCAGCCUCAGUCUCCACCAAAUCGAGCGAACCUGUAGUAUUCACCGCUCCUCCCAAUUUCAAGCCUCCGGAGCCGCAACGCUUCGCCGUUAAACCCGGGAAGCUCUUCGACGUCUUGGGCGCUUCAAUCGGAUUGCUCUUCCGCUUCGGCACCGGCGUCUUCGUCUCAGGGUACUCCGCUUCUUUCGUCUCCGAGGACGAGGUUCCACCUGACCAGUACGCGUUUCGUCUUGGCGGGAUCACUGUAAAGGAAAGCUCAAAGCUUGGGCCUCGUCCCGAGAAACCCAUCGAGAUUUACGAGUUUGAAGGCUGCCCCUUCUGUCGCAAGGUCAGGGAAAUGGUUGGAGUGUUGGAUCUUGAUAUUCUAUACUAUCCUUGUCCCAGAGGGAGUCCUAAUUUUCGCCCCACGGUUAAUCAGUUGGGUGGCAAACAACAGUUUCCCUACAUGGUUGAUCCAAAUACUGGAGUGUCCAUGUAUGAAUCAGACGGAAUCAUCAAGUAUCUGUCCGAGAAAUAUGGAGAUGGAACAGUUCCUUUAAGUCUGACACUUGGUCCACUUACGGCUAUAACAGCUGGCUUUGCAAUGAUUGGUCGAAUGGGAAAGGGUAACAUGUACACACCAGCAAAACUACCACCUAAGCCACUAGUAUUCUGGGCAUAUGAGGGCUCUCCGUUUUGCAAGAUUGUACGCGAAGUUCUCGUGGAACUGGAGUUACCACACAUUCAACGCAGUUGUGCUCGUGGUAGCCCCAAACGGCAUGAAUUGCUCCAGAAAGCAGGUCACUUUCAGGUGCCUUACUUGGAAGAUCCAAACACUGGAGUAAAUAUGUUUGAGAGUGCAGAGAUCAUAGAGUAUCUGAAGCAAACUUAUGCCGCUUAAGUUUAUCUUCUUUACUGUUAGAGCAAAUAUAGACAUAAAUGUGAAUGAGUGUAUGUAUGUAUAAACACACUUAUGCUGCUAAAUUUAGCUGCUUUCUGUUGCAAUAUAAACUCAACUUUGUUAUUUGCAAAGUUGUAGGGGUUUAAAGAUCA